AUGCCUGUGGCCAGAGCCGUGCGGCAAGUUGUGGACAGCGACCUAUCUGCUGCCGCUCCCAGAGAUGCCUGUGGCCAGAGCCUUGCCGUGACUCGCCAGAAUCAGUCCCUGGAACUUGACUUCAUCCUCUUGGGAUUGACAGAUGACCCACGAUUACAAAUUGUAAUUUUUCUGUUUCUCUUUCUAAACUACAUGCUAAGCCUAUUUGGAAACUUAAUCAUCAUGCUCCUGACCCUGCUGGAUUCUCGCCUCAAGACACUAAUGUAUUUCUUUCUCCGAAAUUUCUCCUUUUUGGAAAUCAUAUUCACAACAGUGUGUAUUCCUAGGUUUUUGAUAACCAUUGUGACUGGAGACAAAACUAUUUCUUAUAAUAAUUGUGCAGCUCAAUUAUUUUUUUUACUUCUGCUGGGAGUCACAGAGUUUUAUCUCCUGGCUCCCAUGUCCUAUCACCACUAUGUUGCCAUCUGCAAACCGCUACAUUACCAGAUCAUCAUGAAGAGCAAAGUGUGCUACCAACUUGUGCUCAGCCUGGUGACUGGAUUUUUAAUUAUCUUUCCCCCUUUGGUCAUGGGACUAAAGCUGGAAUUCUGUGACUCCAGAAUAAUUGAUCACUUUAUGUGUGAAACUUCUCCUAUCCUGCAGAUUUCGUGCACAGACACACAUGUCCUGGAAACAAUGUCCCUUGUCUUAGCUGUGGUGACACUUGCAAUCACAUUGGUAUUAGUGUGUCUCUCUUACACUUACAUCAUUAAGACAAUAAUGAAUUUCCCUUCUUCACAGCAAAGAAGCAAGGCUUUCUCUGCCUGUUCUUCCCACAUGAUUGUUGUCUCCAUAACAUAUGGCAGCUGCAUCUUUAUGUAUGUUAAACCAUCUGCGAAAGAAAGAGUGACUGUAUCCAAAGGUGUAGCUUUGCUGUAUACGUCAAUAGCCCCCCUGCUCAACCCCUACAUUUAUACAUUAAGAAAUCAGCAGGUGAAAGAAGUUUUAUGGAAUGCAUUACAAAAGAUUUUUUGCUUUGCAAAACACGUAAUUUAA